UAAACAUAUUAUUAGCAGUAUAAAAUAAAUGUUUUGUUUUAUAUUUUAUUUUUCCUCGUUAAACUCAAAAACUAAAACUAAACCAAAUUUGAUUUAGGUUUUACUAUUAUUUAAAGAAUUAAAUAAAAAAAAAAAGAAUUAAAAAAAUUAAAUUAAAUUAAGAAGAUUAUAUUCAACUGACCUAACCAAUAAUUCCUGCCAUCGAAAACUGAGCAGUAAAGCAGAUAAUUCAUAUACUCACAAUCAAGUAUAAAAUACUUUUUGGCAUUAUGUUGAGGGUCGUUAAUCUUGAACGAUUGAAAAAGUUAUAUGCAACAUUUUCAAUUCCUCAACUAUUAACAGAAUAUAAAAUUGGAGAUAAUGAGUUAAUACCUAUAUCCGUGGAUUCUGAUAUAACAUCAAAAGAUGAUGAACAUUUUACACCAUUAUGGUAUUACGAUGAUACCGAAUUCGAUAGUCGAAACGCUGAUGAAUGGGUAAAAAAAGAUAAAAAUGGAGUUAAUUUACCAGUACCUGCAAUUGUAUACUUACCUACUGAUUCAAAUAAAGAAUUUUCUAAAAACUACAAUUGGACGAAUGCAAAUGUAAUUGAUUAUAACUCAACAUUGAAAAUGUAUUCAGUUGUUGUAUCAAUUAACGAUUCAACCAAAGUAUAUUCUGAAAUACCUAGAUUACAAAUACACUUUAAAGGAGAAGAUCCUAGAGAAUUUGUUAAGAGAAUCAAGUAUGCGAUUUUAAGGCGAGAAUAUUGUGAAAAUAUUUAUAAGUGGUCCAUGUAUAUUAAUAAUGUUCUACUUGAUAAACGUUCAAAGUCCAUUUCAGAAUCAUUACCACAUGAUACGAUUAAAAGAAUAUUGCAUCUAUUACUUAAGAAUCAAAAAAUCAAAAACAUGAAUACAGAUAAAAUUAAUAUCAUGGUCGAACAAAUUAAUAAUAUUUAUCAAGAAUCAUGCCUAUCUUUUAGGCUAGAAUUAUUAAAAUCUGUAUCUAAAGAUCACCAUAAUACUCUGAAAAUACCAAAUUUCGAUUUUGAACAGUUCAUAAGAAAGCCCGGUACGGAUUAUGCUAUAGACGCACAAUCUACUUCAAUGGAUAAACAAUUAUUUAUAAAAAUGCGUGAAGAAUUAAAUAAAAGAAAUUUAUUAGAAUUACCUGAAGUUUAUACAUCUCUAUGCGAAGCGAACGUAGAGAUUACGUUAAUCAAAAACAUUCAAUUAUUAUUAACUGAUUUUAAAAUUUAUUUAACGCUAGAUGAAUUUGAAACAGCACAGUUAAAAAAUAUUUUUGAAACUUUUAGUUUGCUUAAGAACUCGUGGAUAAAGGAAAUUGCUUACAAAUGUUAUGCAGUUUUAGUAAAUAUAAAAACAGGUUGGUUUGACAUUUCAACAUGUAAAAUUAAAAAUUAUGAAUCAUCAAUCAACAAGUUACGAAGAUUAAUGACGCUUAUUACGCGUAUGAUGGAAGAACGUCUAAGACUAAUAGUGUUAAAUUCGGCAAAAGCUUAUACAAGACUGAUCGAGCAACCUAUUAUUUCAAUGAAAGGUAUUAAUGAUGAUUUUACUUGGGGUAAUAAUUUAAAUAAAUCACCAUUUGAAGAAUGCGCACCUCCAUUGUUUUCUAUAACGCUCAGUAUGAAAAAUGGAGCAUUUUACUCAAUUAAUCCAGAUAAAUUUGAGAUGGUUAUUGUAAGCUUAUUAAAACGAAUGAUACUAGAAAGCCAUGAGAUACCAGCUAUUCAUCCAUAUGUACUCGCGAACUUGACAUUUUUAGAAAAACCUUAUUUAACAUCAAUAGGGCUAAUUGAACCCCAAAUUGCUGAUUUACAAGCUACUAUUGAAAAUAGCAUUCGCUUAGCUAUUAUUCCAAUAAAAGCGUACUGCAAAGAAUAUAAUAUUCACUCACAUUUAUAUAAUAUAAAUGUCGAGUCAUAUGUAAAGAAAUUCUUUGAAGGUAAUCCAUCACUAAACAAAAUAAAAGAAGAAAUAUCAAUGCAAAUAAAAAUGAAGUUAAACCUAGAGAAGACACUUCCUGAAAAUAUCAUUAUUGGGUUAUUUUUCAUAAACGUUGAAUCCUUGAAACAUUUAUUGAUAAGGAAACGGAUUGAAUUAGCAGAAUUAAUUAUGAAAACACAUGCGAGUUUAACAACUGAGAAAAUAGAAAUAUGCUGCGCAGAAUACAAUAGGAUGUAUCUGAAGCUUAUUGAAGUUCCGACUACAGUAGAACAAGUGUUUGAAAUAAGAGAAUGGAUAAAUGACUUGCCAAAUUUAAUUAGUGAUCAAACUGAAAUCUUAAAACGAUUAUUAAAGGAAAUGGAUAUGUUGGAUCAAUUUUUGUGGAUAUUAGAAGAUGAACAAUUAAAAUUAAAAUAUAGCUCUUUAAUUUGGCCUUAUAAGAUUAGCUUAAAAGUAAAAGAGUCUUUAGAAAAUAUAGCAAUUUAUAUUGAAAAAUUUGAGAAAAUUCAAAUUGAAGAUAAAUUAUUAUUACAAGAGAAUGUAGAAUACUUAAGUGAUAUUAUUUUAAAGUUAACUAUUGAAAAUAAUUUGUCAAAAGUAAAUGAGAUUGCAGUAGAAGUAAAUAAAAAUUGGAAACUAAUUAAAGACCUACAAUCAACUAGUCAAACUUUAAACCAAAGACAAAAACUUUUUGGUCAUACGGUAACACCCUUUGAAAACGUUGAGCAUUUAAUUGACGAAUUUGAACCAUAUAAAAUAUUAUGGCAAAGUGCUUCAGAGUUUUUUAAAUUACAAAGUGCUUGGAUGCAAAAUCCAUUAAUAAACAUAAAAAAAUCUACUAUAGAACCUAUGUUAAACAAUUUAUUAAAUAUUGUCACAAAAUGUGUGGAGCAAUUCGCUGAAGUACCUGGUACUUUAAGUGUAGCUAAUGAAAUAAAAACACAAAUUGAAGAAUAUGUGCCAAUGGUACAUUUAUUGAAUUAUAUUCUAACUCAAGGGAUGAAGCAAAGGCAUUGGGAUAUAUUUGCUGAUAUAACCGGAAUAAGAAUUAUAUUAUCACCAACACUAACUUUUAAAAAAUGUUUGGCAUUGGGUAUUAAUGACCAUGUAGAAGAGAUAAAACAAUUAUCAGACAAUGCUUCAAAAGAAUAUAUAAUUGAAAUAGCUUUAAAUAAAAUGAUGGAUGAAUGGACCGGUGUAAAGUUCCAAUUGUUGCCUUAUAAUGAUCAAGAUAUUUAUAUUUCAACAAUAACAGAUACAGAAUUUCAAAUGCUUGAUGAUCAUAUUUUGCUUACUCGACAGCUAUCUUCGAGUUCGUUUAAAGGAAUAUUUGAAGAACCAUUAACUAAAUGGGAAGAAGAUUUAAGACUUUCAAAAGAUGUUAUUAAUGAAUGGAACGAAUUUCAAAAGACAUGGUUGUAUUUAAAACCAAUAUUUGACAAUCCAGACAUUAAAGAACAAUUACAUGUGGAAAAUAAAAAGUUAAGUUUAGUUGAACGAAUAUGGAAACGAAUAAUGAAAAUCACUUUAAAUAAACCUUGGGUUAUGAAGACUUGUCCAGAUAAGCAAUUAUUGGACCAAUUAAUCAAUGGAAACAUUCAACUUAUGAAAGUUCAAAAAGCACUUGAAUAAUAUUUAUUCUAAUAAAUUAUUUUUAUUUAAUUCUUCACUCAUCAACUUUAAAAUAAUAUCACUUAAGUAUUCUACAUUCUCUUGUAAUAAUAA